CUCUCUUCCUGUCCUACUCCCACUCUACUGCGCUCUCAAUGAUUGACUUUUUCCUGCAAUCUCAGCGAUUUGACGCCACAGGCACAGACAAACAAUUUAUCUCCUGACUGAGCUUUGCUGAAAGGAAAUUUAAGCACCACCGAACCGAGCACCAGCUCCCACUUGCUGCAAUGUGUAAAGGACUUGCAUCGCUGCCUACCUCCUGCUUGGAAAGAGCAAAGGAGCUGAAAGCAAGGCUGGGGAUCUUUCUGCAAAAACCCAGCUGGACGUUAUCCUGCUGCAAAAUAGGGAAACAUAAACCAACUCUGGAUGAAUGCCUACUGUGGAAAGAGUCAUUUGAAAAACUCCUGUCCAGCAAAUAUGGAUUGUGUGCCUUCACAGCCUUCCUGGUUUCUGAAUUUAGCGAGGAGAACAUUGCGUUCUACUUUGCCUGUGAAGAUUACAGAAGAACCAAGUGCCCUGCCAAGCUACUCACAAAAGCCCAGAAGAUCUACAAUGAAUUCAUCAGCAGUGAAGCUCCACGAGAGGUGAAUAUUGACCAUGAAACCCGUGACAUAACCAAAGCCAACAUACAGAACCCCUCGCCGUCCUGUUUCGACCAGGCCCAGCACAGGAUCUACAUGCUGAUGGCCAAAGACUGCUACCCUCGCUUCCUCCACUCUUCAGCGUAUAGGGAUCUACUGUGCCAAGCCAAACCAAGCACAAAAACCACUAAUCUGCCCCAGUUGGAGAAGAAGGCGUGAAAUCAACUCUGCGAGCCCACAAGGGACGUUUAGCAUGCUUAAAAUUUAAGCACCCAUGAAAGGUACAGCUUCUGUUGCUGUGUCAAGAAGCUGGUGCUUUGACAAGAGAGAGCAAGCACAGCUUGCUGUGAGGAAGGUGGCAGCAAAUGGGCCAGUGGUCCACAUUCUGUUCCUGCAAAGGCAGAAGGACACUGAAAGGGAAGAGCAAUUGAAUGAAAAGUUGAGAGCUGUCAUUAUAAAGCGGACUGAUGUGCCAAUACAGACAAAGUUUAGAAAGCACUAUCUCUAGAAAGCUAAACCUAACUCAAUGUCUGAAUGACAAUCAAAGAGGAAGAUGUGGAGAAAGCACUUUUACUAGCCUUUAGGCAAACCUUUUUUUCUGGUUGUGAUGUGAAAUGAUCAUUAAGAAGUGUACUUUCUUUUUGGUUUUAUGUUAUUUUUUGUUUGGUUUGUUUUUUUUUUAAACACUGUGUGGUACUUUAUAAAAUUUGUAUUUAUUGGUAUUUAUUUACCUGCAGUAUGUGUCGUAUUUUUUUACCAAAAAAUGAAAAAGAAAAUGUAUGCUUCAUUUGUAUUGUAUUUAUAUCAUUGUCUUUUUUUUAACAUGCAAGCAAAUCAACUAAAUUAUUUGGAUAAUAAACUGUGAAAAUAUAU